AUGUCAAACUUAAGCAACACAUCUACUGAAGAGAGUACCGAUUUCUAUCCCGAUAUUAUGUUGUCAUAUAGUUUUCGUUUUUGGCUUUUUCUUAUUUCAAAUAUUUUAUCAAUAUUGUGUUGCUUUUUUGUUCUUUAUUACUUAUUAUUUGAUCGAAUUCUUCGUCAAUCAUUGAAUAAUCAUGUUAUUAUAAUUCUUCUUUUUAUUUGUUUAUUAUAUGAACUACUGGAUGUUCCAUUUAUUCUUAAUUUUUUUCGUUACGGUUUUAAUUGGGAAUUUUCAGUAAGUUUUUCUGUAUUCUGGUCAUUUCUUGAUUAUUCAUUAUAUGGAACACAAUUUAUAAUAUUUUCCUGGGCAACAAUUGAACGACAUAUUCUUAUAUUUCAUGAUCGAUGCUUAUUAAAUCGAAAAAGACGUUUCUUGAUUCAUUAUCUACCACUAAUUAUACUUAUUGUAUAUAGUUCUAUUUAUUAUUGUAUAAUAAUAUUUGCUCCAUUUUGUCCAUAUAUAUUUUAUCGAUUACCUGCUUAUGGUGUUCCUUUUCCUUGUAUAUACUAUUAUGUUAAUAUAAUUGCAAUAUGGGAGCUGGUAUGUCAUCAAAUAAUUCCGAUAUUUAUUAUAAUUUUAUUUAGUUUAUCUCUUUUAAUACGUGUUUUAUGGAAAAAAUCUCGUUUACAUCGAUCAAUUCAAUGGAGAAAACAACGAAAAAUGACGAUACAAUUACUAUCUGUUUCAAUACUUUAUAUUACUUUUAGUGCUCCAGGAGUAUUUUUAAAUAUUUCUUAUGAAUUUGGAGUAUCAAGAGCUGUGGGAAUAACGUUUAUGUCAUAUGCUUAUUUUUUCUCUUAUUAUAUUGUAUUUCUUUUUCCAUUUGUAUGUUUAGGAACAUUGCCUGAACUUAAGAAAAAAUUAGAAAAACUCUUCUGGUAUCAACGUCAAGGAAGACGAAUCGCUCCUGAUGCUCUUUUCAGGACUCGUAUUCCACGUCACUGA